AUGGCAGAUAUUGAAUAUCUGAAGAGCCUUCAGGCAGUGCGUGAGAGAGCUCACCUGGUUCUACAGGUCGCCGAGAGGGGAGAUCUCUCCCAUUUCACAUACAAUCCUAGUCGUAUGCCUGAAGUUGCGGACUUUGUGGUAUCGAUUAUCACUCGUGACUUUGGACCAGAUAGAUUCGACAAGAUCCCCCCACACGGUAGAUGGCAGCACUUUGAAAUUGGUGGAUUGCCUCGAGUAGAUGAUCUCAUUCAGCAGUGGAAGCUUGCAGGGGUAGACAAGUCGGAAAUAACACGUCGUUUGAUCGAUCUAUUUUUCGUCUCUGUUCUUCUUGAUGCUGGAGCAGGGGACGUCUGGAAUUUCACAGAGCCAGAAACGGGCGGAGUCUACGGUAGAAGCGAAGGCAUUGCAGUCGCGGCCCUAUACAUGUUCAAGUCUGGCGCCUUUACCAGUGGUGCGACGGGAGCAAACGAACAUGUUGACGGGCAAGGUCUUGCGAAUCUUACUCUUGACACUUUUCGCAAGCACUUUCAGAUAUCAGAAAAGAAUCCGAUUGUAGGUGACUCCUCUCGAGUAGGCUUGCUCAAUCAAGUUGGACUAUCACUCCUGAGCCUUCCAAAGUAUUUCGGUUCCGAAGGCAGGCCUGGGAAUCUCGUUGGUAGGUCUUUUAUGGAUCCCGUUCCACACUUUAUCUUUCUCACGGAUGAUAUACUAGACUACUUGAUUGAACAGAAGGGGCAGUCUGAUUCCUUGGAUUUUACUACCUUAUGGACAAUAUUGCAAGAGACCCUACUGCCUGCCUGGCCAAAAAACCGAACCCAAAUCUCAGGCGUGCCAAUAGGAGAUGCAUGGCCCUUGAAAGUUCUCGAAAAUGUCGACUCUGGUAAACAGAGUGAAAACAAUACUUUGAACAUUCAACCUUUCCACAAGUUAACCCAGUGGCUGGCAUAUUCAUUGACAGUCCCGUUCAUGCGUGUUAUGGACCUCAAAUGGAUCAACACUGAAAAAGGAACAGGGCUACCCGAAUAUCGCAAUGGCGGACUAUUUGUCGAUUUAGAGGUUCUCAAACUCAAAGAGAACACCCUAUCACAGGGACUUCAGAAGUCACAGGGAGAUCUUCCGAGCUACGAGGCUACCAGUGACGUUAUUGUCGAAUGGAGAGCAAUGACUGUAGCCUUGCUUGAUAAACUUCAUGAACUCGUGUGUAAGAAGUUCGCCAAACAAGGCGUUUCACUGAAUAUGCCGCAAACGCUUGAGGCUGGCUCAUGGAAAGGAGGUCGCGAGCUAGCGGCCAAAUUGCGUCCACAGACAAAGUCAAGCCCAAUUCUGAUAGAUGGUGACGGGACUUUGUUUUAG